AUGUCCGCCGCUGAUCAAGUCCAGCUCGACAAUUUCGAAUCCAUCUUUUCCCUCGAUGGCAAAGUCGCCGUCGUAACCGGUGGAUCUAGAGGUUUGGGGCUGCACGCAGCAAGCGGUCUCCUCCAAGCCGGCUGCUCCAAAGUCUAUAUCACAUCCCGCAAAGCCAAAGCAUGCGACGAAGCCGUCGCGGCUCUCAAUGCCCUUCCCAAUAAAAGACCUGGCGCGCAGGCGAUCUCCGUGCCCGCGGAUAAUUCGCGUAUGUCCGAGUUGGAUCAACUAGUGGCGGAGGUUAAGAAGACGACGGAUCAUGUUGAUAUUUUGUUCGCCAAUGCGGGGGCCACGUGGGGGGAGAAAUUCGAUACCCAUCCGGAGGCUAUGUUCUCCAAGGUGAUGGAUUUGAAUGUGAAGAGUGUUUUCUAUUUGAUUCAGAAAUUCACCCCUCUCCUCUCAGUAAAAGCCACCCGGGACGAUCCCUCGCGCGUGCUGAUCACCGGUUCAACGGCGGGCGUGACGCUUGGUGGUCUGGGCGAGAACGCCACAUUCAGUUACUCGGCUUCCAAAGCCGCCGUUAUCCAUCUGGCGAAGAAUCUCGCCGUUGAUCUCGGUCCCCGACACAUCCUGACAAAUGCGAUUGCCCCGGGCAUCUACCCGUCCAAGAUGGCUAAUGGCAUGAUAGACAUGCAGGGUGGGCUGAAGAAGCUGGAGGCAAAUUCGCCGAACAAGAGACUCGGCAGACCGGAGGACAUCGCCGGUCUGGUGGUGUUUUUGUCGAGUCGGGCAGCGAGCCAUCUGAAUGGCGCGGUGGUUAUUACGGAUGGGGGGAACAAUUUGAAGGGGAAGUUGUAG